AUGCAGCUACAUAAACUUUGAAAGAUCAAUACACCAGCGAAGAGUAUCGAUCAUGAGCGAGAAACCAGUUCUACUUUUUGUUCAUGGAGCAUGGCAUCCCCCGACAUGCUACGACGCCAUCAAAACCGCCCUCACCAACCUCGGCUACGAAUGCGUCAUCCCCAAACUUCCCUCUGUAGGCUCUGAAAGUCACGGCGUUACGUGGGAAGCGGACAAAGCCAAGAUCAUCGAGACAGCAGAGCCAUUCUUCAACCAAAGUCGCGAAGUCGUUCUCAUCGCUCAUUCUUACGGCGGCAUUCCCGCGACUGCCGCGACGCAAGAUCAGGGAACGGAAGAGCGUGCGAAACGCGGCUUGAAUGGUGGAUUCCACUCGAUUAUUUUCUUAGCUGCAUUUGCUAUCCCGGUCAAGGGCUGGGAUCUCAUCACGACUUUUGGUGGGGCUUAUCCUCCAUGGUUGCGGGCUGGCGAGAAGUAUACAAAGAAUCAAAUUACUAGGAUGGCGGAGGGAGCGAGGGAAAGUGUGUACAGUGGUUGUACCGAAGAAGCAAUAGAUAAGGCCUUGGAGUCUACGGAACCGCAUUCUCAGGAUGCGUUUGAGACGAGUCUGGAUUUCAUCGCAUCGGAUAUCACUAUUCCGAAGACAUAUAUCAUUUGCGAAAAUGAUCAGCUUAUCCUGUUGCCUCUUCAAGAAAAGCUUGUUGAGUCAACGCCUGGGAUGAGAUCUGCAAGGCUGGCGGCGGGUCAUAGUCCGUUCGUGGAGAAGACGGAGGAAACAGCAGAACUAAUUGUGAAGAUCAUCGAGGAAGAAGUUUAGAUAGAUUAGACUAGCAUGAGUCAUGAAAUAGAAACGAGACUAUCGGUCCUACUUGAUAGGAUUGAGCUCGUCCUUGCAGGGCUGUAGGGGGUGACAUAUCGGCCAACAUCCGUGCGGCUCCGCAGAUUUAGCCCGCGAUCCAUCCAUCGGUCCCGCAGAUAGGUUCCGCAGCCAUGAUUCAUGAACGCUGAACCCAAUUAGGAGAAACAAUGGUCUUUAAUUUUCCUG